GCAAGGGCAGAAAGGGUAGCGCGACGAGAGAGGGGGAUUUCCUAGGGACACCCUCCUCCUCCUCCGCUCCCGAGACGGGAUCGAUAAGGGAACGACGCCAUGUUGGCGAGAGGGUGCCGCUCACGGCGUCGUCGCCUUCAAUCGAUGUUGGCGCAGCAGGGUUACCACCAUCAACGACGCUGCAGAUCCGCUCAACCCCGCCACCACGGCCUGGUGGGCUGCCGCAGCACAGCAGGGGGGCAUGGGCAGCAGCGGCCGCGCUGCGCGGCGGGCUGUCCCUAGCCAUCGUCGCCGCCGCCUGCGUGUCUGAGCGCCCAUGGAGGGCAAGGAGACGCCGCCGGACGACAGCUGCAAGGAGCCCGUGCUGGCCAAGAUGGAGGCACUCGUGCGAGAGAUGCAGCACCCGGACACGGGCGUGCCCGUGCGAAGCCAAAAGCUCUUCCUCACCUCCAUACCCAGCGCGUUCCUCGGCUAUGACGUUGUCGAAUGGCUCACGGAUAACCUGGACAUUGAGGACCAGAAUCCCGUGGCAGCCGAGGCCCUUCACCUGGCCAACCUGCUGUGCCAGUACGGCUACUUCUUUCCGGUCAGCGACAACGCCAAGACGUUCGCCAUCAGGGAUGACAGCACUCUGUACAGGUUCCAGACUCCUUACUUCUGGCCUUCCCGAUACCAGCCCGACAACACCGAUUACGCUAUCUACCUGUGUAAACGGGCGCUCAAAAACAAGCCCAAGUAUGCCCUCGAGGAGUACGAACAGGAGGCCCUGCAGAGGCUCAAGAAGCUGCUUUACCACAAGUGGGAGUUCAUCUGCAUGCAAGCCCAAGAACAGGCGGCCUUGGCUAAAGAGCGGAAGAAAACGGACAAGCUGAUCUUACAAAGUCAAGAACGGGCCUACUGGAGAAUUCACCGGCCGCCGCCCGGAUGUACGAGCUGCCUAGAGAAGAGCCCUGUGCCUAACAAGAGAGGCCCGCCGAAGAAGAAGACGAAAGACGAUUUGAAACGAGAGAUUGAAAUUCUCAAGAGGAACCUUGCUCGGUCGCGGACUAAAGUGUCACAGAUCCUCACGAGGUGUGAGCAGUACCAGUGCUUCGAUAGCUUCAUCGUCCCGCCGUACCCCGGGAACCCUUGGAUCACGGACGACCCCACGCUAUGGGCCCUCGAGAGCAGCACGGCAGAGGUGCCCACGGAACGGCGCCUGCAGCGGUGGAACUUGUCUCUGGAGGAGCUCCUGGCGGACCCAAUGGGAGCGCACGAGUUCGAACAGUAUUUGCGCACCGAGUACAGUCACGAGAACAUACUCUUCUGGAAGGCCGUCCAGGACCUGCGACACGGCUCGCAGCAGGACAUGCCACGAAAGGUGGCCGCCAUCUACGAAGAGUUCCUGUGCCGGGGCUCUCCGUGCGAGGUGAACCUGGACAGCGAGACACUGGAGCGCACGCAGCAAGAGGUGCACGAGCGGCCCACACGAUUCAGCCUGGACGCCGCGCAGCACCACGUGUUCGCCCUGAUGAAGAAGGACACGUACACGCGUUUCACGCGCUCCGAACACUUCCGCCGGCUCAUGGCAAAGGCGCAGGCGCUGCAGCAGGCGCAGGGGCAGCGAAAAAGAUUCUUCCACUUCGGUUCGAGCACCAAGAAAAAGACAUCCGUGUGCGGACCGCUAGUCGGCACGCUACCGACAAAUUUCGCCGGCGGCGCCAGCCUGACCGGCAACUCUCUGGUCAACGUGGGCGCUUCCACGAGCGCCGCGGGGGUCGCCGGCGUUCCGGGCGGCGUGACGGGCUCCAUGAUGGUCUCCGGCAUCACGACUUCGGCGACUUCUCCGACGGCCACGAGACCUUCGGGUCGCCCCCUGUCCGGCAGCACGGUGGACCUGCGCAACACCUCCGAGCGGCGCGACGAAGUGGCGGUCGCCGUCGGCGGCGCUGCGGGCGGCUUCAGCGGUCGCCACUCGCACUCGACCAGUGACUUGCACAAGCUGGAGGCCCCCUCGUCUUGCUCGCCGCACGGACACGUCGUGGCCAGGUUUUCAUGGGGUUCUCGGGAACCGAUGGAGGAGGACGCUGAUUCGAGCACCCUGAAGGUUCCGCGCUGGAGCCACCGUGCCAGCGAUCCAGAGGCUCUCCUACCCCAGUUGGGCCUGCAGAUGGACAGCUGGGAUCGGUCGUCCCUCCGAAUGGACGACGUCCAGGAAACGACUUCGGCGGCUCAGCAGCAGUCGCCGCCGCCGCCGACGACGCCGACAACGACGCCAACCCAGCCGUGAAAGAACGUACCCCAGCGAGAGCCAGGAAAGGGGGCAAAAACCAAAGGCACGAAUACGAAACAGCCGGAACUAUCUUGGCGGCAGUGUCCAUACGAGGAGCCAGGGACACAUCCUCCGGUCAUCGAGACUGCUGUUUCCCAUUCUUCGCUGCCACCGCUGUGUGCCGUAACGUGUUCGUUUGGACUAGUGACGUCACUCGAGACGUUUUUGUUUCGACGACGCUGGCACUGCGUUUCGACGCUGUUGACGAUGACGAUGUUGAGGAGGACGGCGUGCGGGCGACAUGUCCUCCUUAAAUGUGACAAAAACUGUUAUAGUGGUGUUCUCGAUUUUUUUAUCUUCUUUUUUUUUUCAUUCCUGUCUGUUGCUUUAUAGGGUGCUUCAAUGUGGCUCUUAUCUUCAUUGCGCUGCACGUGAAUUUGGAGCGCUUUUAGAUUUGCCUGCCUAACGAAGGAGAUAAGAGAUAGAUCGAUAAUGGACGACUAGGUUCAGUGAAGAAAGAAGCUUUAAGUGAAUUAUAGAAUAUAUACAUAUAUAGAGAGUUCACUGAUAGGUGGACCUUGUUUCCUGGUCAGGAUCAGUAUGCUGAGUUGUUCAAUGCACCCGUACAGAUCCGUACGUAGCGGAAUAACUCAAAGCAACUUAAGAGAUUUUCCCGAUCGCUAUGCCAGCGCCGUACAGCGGUAGCGAGAAGCAGCUGCGGAAUUUUCGCGAGACAAAUAAUCUGGACGCUUCGAACUUCACCGUGAACUCUUUGUUGAUCGCAAACACAGGAACAUUGUUGAAGGUGAAGAUUAUAGCGAGAAACACUCGAUUCUUAAAGCAAGAUUAUGGCGGAAUGGAGGUAAAAUGAUGAUUGGCGCCGCGACUUCAAUAAUUAUUAUCGUCGAGUAAAACGAACGCCUUGUUUCUGUGGUGGAGGGCUCGACGUUAUUGUUGGAGUGACGCUAGCGCGAAGGGCAGCAAGAAAAAGACACACACACACACUGAGACCUGACGAGAAUUCAAAGUUGUAGUAGAAGCAGAGUUUCGUUGUGAUUUUGCGCUGAGCUCUUUCAGUGUACACUGUUGUCUUUCGCUCGAUCGAUGGCAGAUUUCUCAAGAACUGUCGAUUGCGCAGAGGUUAUACAUUUUUUUUUCUUUUUAGAGAAUGACAGCACACCGCCAACUGUCUCUCCACGUUACCAUUCCUAUCCGAUGAGGUUUCCGAUUUUUCGUUAUUUAGCGCAUUUUUUUAUUAUUUUUUCUAUCACAUUCGGCCCCGCCUUAUUGAUUCAGACGUUCACUUUGAGGCCUUGCGUUAUCUUACGGUCCUUCUGUUGAGUUCCAAAGAAGGAAUCUCUUUACAUACCGUCACACUUCAUCAGAAUUUUCGGGUUCGAAGAACUCUUUUACGGAGGCUACAAAAAGUGCAACAUGUCCACGAUAACCUCGCAUACGGGUUUUAAAACAGUUCGUGCCAUCCUUUCGGGCCGCUAACGCGCACAUAUACAAAAAAAUUGCACUCUCUUUCGCGGUGACUGAUAUACCCAAACGCCAAACCUCGCAAAGUUCCUUUCAAAGCUUUCGAGUCUUCCUGCCAACAGGGAGUAGCAGCUCCUACGGAGGGUAAAAGAAAUAAAAAGUGCACUCGCUGCCGAAAGUUCCGGAGCCAACUACGGUGUUAUUUCAGGUCCGAACUAGGCCCGUUGCACUUAGGUAACCAAGGUAGCCCACACUUCCAACGGUGCAGACUCCGAAAAGUGGGGUAGUCAUGUUCCGAAUCGCGGGUCUGUAUCACUGAUACGCAAUGUGCCAAGAAGUCAAUUGACGCCUGCGUGCCGGUUUUACGGCGCACCAUUCGCUUAGUAUAUGCUGUAAGCUUUUGUUAACACGUUAACAAACCUGUACAUGCACAUGAACGCAGUCAUUUGAUGCAAAUUAUAUAUGAGAUGGCGAGCAGGUUCGUUGCUGAUACGCCAUUUCUUUCAGUGUAGCGUCUCGCUGAUUAGCUCCAGUGCCUAAAUAGUCGUUUAAGUGCAAAAUGGAUCGAAAACAAUACGCAUUACCUCACUCUGUCGCGCUGUAUAGAGUGAAUGUCACACCACUAAGCAUCACUAAAGGCAAGAGCACAGUGAAACUCUAGUUUCUCUUCCAAGAACUUGCGGUCGAGCAGUUCUUUCCGGUUUUCCAAAUAUUCAGAAAAAAAUCUUCUAAAAAUUAAAGCUGGUAUCAAAUCGGUGGUUCAAGUUAAAAGUUAUACUGGGUACAUAUGAUAUAGAAGCAUCAGUUUACUCAAAGGUCAGUUAGCUGACAAGAUAAUUAAUGAAAAUUAGACGAAUAGGUUUGUUGACAGAGCAGACGGUUUUCUUUUGAGCCCCUAGGAACUUUGCAGCACCCGGAGGAGCCUAUCUCAACUACGCGGCUCUUUCUAUAUGGCCUCCGAAAUCCGCUUCGGCAGCGCGACGAAAACGCUGUGAAGUCGAGGAGUACACUUGGCCAUACGAACACCGAAGGUACUGGUACCACAGCCAGACACCUAAGUCCAGGAUUAGGGUCGCCACCAUUUUUUUUUCACUUGGUGACUUCGAUACACUGCGGACGUAAUUCUUGCGGACGUACGUAAGCUGCCAUAUUAGAGCGAAAUGCGCGAUGACGAAGCAGGAGCAGCCUCUUCAAACAAAGAUGUGAUAGGCGUGGGAACUAGUUGGCUCGAGAACUUUUGGCGGAGGGUGGGCGUACCUUUAAAGUUGCGUCUCAAAACUUCCAUCCUGCCAGUCACUCCGACGUGGAUCCAGCAGAUCUGAGGUGUACACGCAAUCUUCUUCUCUGGGCAAUGCGACCACGCCCGGGCGGAGAUAGCACACCAGCUCAGACUCAAGCAACGUCUUCGCGCCUCGUAGACGUCUCCUCUAUCACCAUAAUAUAGAAAGUAUAAUAUAUGUGUCGGCCAGAUGUAGGCGGCGCUAGCGUUGCGUACUGUACCGAGCUGUAGUGCGGUGUGUUUUGCUUACAACGGGCUCUACUAAUGGGUGUAGGGGAGCUUUGAAUGUUACGUAAGCAUGCGUCGGGGCAGUUGUUUGUAUAGACAAGGCACGCUGUUAAUGACUCACACAAAGCGUAGUACUUUCGUUUUACGCAAGGCCACGUCCAGCAAUCAGUGUUCAGGGACGAAUGAGUUCGCUAACUUGGUCACCACGGGACAUUGAAAGCGCGUAACCACACACACACAAAAAGGGGGGAGAGGGCGCAGUAGUUUGUAUAGUAUUCGGCUAGUUGCCUAUAUUUCGCAGGUUCCUGAGUGAUGUGCGGUCUUUUCAGUUUUCGGUGUACAGUACGGGUCGUAUGUAUGGCGCAGCAGAAUUUGAAAACAGUACCGCGCAGCUCCCGCUCGCCAACCUUGGUACUACGGUGACGUAUUUCUUGGACAUGCAGUAGCAAAUUCGUGGCUUCCCGAACCUCGACGUAGUAAUUAAGUUACGAAGGUGUGGUCCCUUUCCGCCUUUCGGAAAUUUCUGGACUUCCCAAAGGCUGGCGAUAGUUGAGGAACAAGUGGGCGAUGUAGCGACUUCCAUAGUUAGGCAUGAAUUGUUACUAUCGGUAAAGAAUGUGCAGUUACAGGCAUGAUGCUGCAUUUUUUGUUGGAUGGCUAAGCCGUUUUAGGCUAAUUUGAUUCUUUACUAGGUGCAGGUGUGGACAAAACUAAUUGGAACACAGGAGCUGUGGUUCAGCUACGCAUUUAAUCAUGCAUGCGAACUACAACGUCUCUCGACUUGGCGUCUUAAUCCGUGGAUAGGAGCGUUGCUCCCAGUUUGUGUGGGGGAAUGCUCGCCAGCUUGACGUGGCAAAUGACGUAGCUUGUUCUACAAGCGAUCACGCUCUAGACACGUCCCCAUGAUGCAGUCUAAUGUAGCUUAGGAAGGGUAAGUGGAGAAAUUUGCACGUAGGUUCCCCGAUAUAUAUUCAGGUGUUGUCACGGUCCUCAGAUAUGCGAGUUCUCAGCCUAAGAAGUUUCAAACGACACGACAACACGCAGGUACCGACUUCAUUGACGGCGCGCCCGCCAGGAUUCCUCGUAAGAGAAGGCUUCAGCCAAUCCUGAUGCUGUACACAUUAUUAGCGUAAGCUAUUGGCCAAUGGCGAGCAUCCCUUACGAAAGGAGAGCGCCGUGAAUCCGACUCCAGGUCGAGAGCUGUGAAUCGGCAAAUCAGCAAUGGCUAGCUGGCAUCUCAGAUCCAUUUCCAAGCUUCCUUGUGAUGCUCGUAGAACACACUGCGAUGUAGCUCGAAAUAGUUACACCACAGCUCGCAUGUUACAAUUAGCUCUCUUUUGUCCAGACAUAAGCACGUUUCGUUUUUGGUGAUUGGCGUUUUUGUGACCUUUUUAGACCGUGUAGGGUCACGUUUUCUUUUUGUAGCCGUCAGACGUCUUCAUGAUGACGGUAUUCUGUCUUACCAUUUAGGCUUCGCCACAAAAAACUCGCGCUGCCGAAGUCAAACGCAUAAAAGUCCCAGCUCGACACGACCUUUGUAACGGCCACACUUUGAAGUCGACAAGUGGAAUCGAAUAGGCAAUCGCUUAAUGUCGCCAACACGUAAAAAAAAAUAGGUCCCAUCUAGUUGAGAACGUUGAGGCACCCUUCUUAGGCCAAUGACCUUGUGUCCAGACGAGACAAAAAAAAAUACAAAGAAAGGAAACAGUAUGAGAGGUCAUGUGAUAUUUUCUAGGUACUCUAUAGGAUUAUAGCAGUUGAAAAAAAUUGCUUAACCGCGAAAAGGCGUAAUGUCUUUUUAUUUUUAUUUCUCGCAAAAAACACAUCCACUUACACGAACACAGACACGUACAAACACAGACAGACACGCAUGUUACAGACGAUUAACCCUUGUAUAGCUUCACGUCGCGCAGUUUUUCUCGUUCAACUCAUCCUCCUAUCUCGAGAAGUGAAUCUCGAGAUUUCUCGGGUAGACAGGAAAGGGCGAGACUCUCGCGUAUAUUGCGUCUGUUAAGACAAAGAAAAAAAAUAUGUCGCCGGUGUCUAUUUUUCUUUGAUUAUAUAAACGGAGUGUGUUUAAGAGAAAUAUAGGAAAGAUGUUUAUUCUUGCUUGCUUCGUGGUUUUAGAGGGCGCGGCUUGGGGGUGCAGCGUAGUGAGAGAUGUGAUAUAGAGAAAAAAAAAAGGCAGUGUCUUGCAAAGUCGUGUUUGUUGCCUGUAUAGCACGCUGAGGGACGACCUAACGCUAAGCUCUCUCGAUGUGCUCAGUUAAAGUUUCUCGCCUUCGGAUGACGUCAGAGAACGUGGUUUUCGAUUAUGUAUUACCUUCCUGAAGCUUAACCAUAUGCUAGUUGACACUGGCGUCCUUUAUAAACGCGACGAUGGGGACAUUAAUAGCAAAAAUGGCUCCUUCUGUGUACUAGUCAACUAAAUUGAUACAAUAUGAAGAAAAGAAGCCCCAUUGUUAUCACGUGGAAGGCUUACUAAGGCCGGGACUACGUAAGCACAAUAGGCUUGUGGUGACGUCACCUUUAGGUUCCAGCAUCAUUUAGCCGUGGCAUCACAGAUUUUUCACAGCGUCUCCGUGGGCCUGGUUAAACUGCAUUUAUUGGUGAAAAAUUGUGGUGCAUUGCAUUGUAAGACAGCCAUCGAGCCAUGGAAGCUUCGAAAACUUUUCUUAAGGCCCAAUUGCCUGAGUUUCAAAAACACAUCAAUUGUCUAUGACGUCGCAUACACGUGCUGUGGGUGGUGUCCAGGUUCGAAAGUCAAAAAACUUUGUUUAUUUGUAUUUCGCUUUCUCUUCUUCCAAUGUGCCUAUGGUCGGGAUAUU